AUGGAGCAAAAUAUGCUGUCCAAUCGAUUUAUCAUGUUCUCGGAAAUAACGACAGAUGCCGUAUUCACACUUGAUGAGGACAUAAUUGCUGUGAAUGUUGAUGAAAUUGAAUUUGGCUAUCA